AUGGGUGGCUUCCAGAUGCCCGCCAUGGCGCAUCCGCCGCUUAUGAACCAACCUCCUCAGAUUUUCGGCGCCCAUGCCUACGAUGGUUUGCCAAUGCAGCACCUGCCUCCGGAGCUCACGGCCCAGAUGUUCGGAGACCCCAAUGGACUGCUCGACGACGCAAACGAGGCAAAGAGGAGGAGGAUCGCACGGGCUUGCGACAUGUGCCGGAAGAAGAAGAUCAAGUGCGACGGAAAGCUGCCAGCAUGCACACAUUGCAUCAACUACAAGACCGAAUGUGUCUUCACCCAGGUCGAGAAGAAGCGCAACCCGCCCAAAGGUGCGAAGUAUAUCGAGGGCCUCGAGAACCGCCUUGGUCGCAUGGAGAGUCUGCUGCGUCUGUCAGGUCUUCUUGGUGAGGACGAUGGCGCUACUGACCUGGGAACACUCGAAAAGAAGCUUGCCGAGAAGAGACAAGAGUCAAGACAGGCUUCGCAGGCAGCUCCGUCUAACCCGACCUCGCCAUCACAGGCAACCUCCGUGCAGGACACUGGCGCAUCGACCCCCAGGAGCGCACUCACCUCCCCUGAGCCCCCUAAGGAUGAUGAGAAGCGCAAAUCGAUCGAUGGCAGCAAGCAGCAGCAGCAGCAACAACAGCCGCAGCAGCAGCAAGAACAGGGCCAGGAGGAGGAGGUCGAGGCUCUUUCUGAGAUGAUGUGCUCCCUUGUCACCAACACAUCUGGCGAGACCAGAUACAUUGGUUCUUCCUCUGGCUUCUCCAUCUUCUCGCCCAAGGGAAUUCAGUGGGUCAACGAGAAGACGGGAGACAAAUCCUUCCAGCAGAUGAUUUCUCAUGUCUCCAUGGACGACCACAAAUGGAACAACUGGAAACCCGAGGUCUUCGGCGACCUGUUCCAGCGCCCCGUCUUCCUUCCACUCCCACCGAAGCAUGAGUGCGUCUCGCUGCUGCAGGACUACUUCGAUAAUUUCAAUUGCAUGUUCCCGCUGUUUCACCGGCCCACGUUCAUGCACCUGGUCGAGAGGCAGUAUUCCAAGGAUCCGUACUCGGGCUCUGGGUGGUGGGCCAGCCUCAACGUUGCCCUCGCCAUUGCUCACCGCUUGCGAGUGAUGAGCAACCUGGUCCCGCACGAGGAGGACGCGAAGGCAUGGGGGUACAUGAAGAAUGCAAUGGCCUGCUUUGCAGAGUUGGUGAUGCGCAACACCGACCUGUUGAGUGUCCAGGCCCUCUUGGGCAUGGCCUUAUUCAUGCAAGGCACCCCUAAUCCGCAGCCAUCCUCACUUCUGAUAGGUACCGCUAUACGCCUAUCCCACAACAUUGGACUGCACAAGCGCGGCACAGGUUUCAACUUGAAUCCCAUCGAAAUUGAGCAGAGGAAGAGAGUCUUCUGGAUCGCGUACAUGCUGGACAAGGACCUUUGCAUCCGGUCCGGCCGGCCCUUUGCACAGGAUGACGACGAUAUGAACGUGGAACUCCCGGACACAGAUCCUGAGGAUAACAUCGGCAACAUCCCACUGGCAGAUGGCAAGGGCAAGAUGAACCUCUUCCGAGUGAUGUGUGAGUUGGCUCUCAUCGAAAGCAAGGUCUACAAGAGACUCUAUGCAACCAAGGCGACGAAGCAGACGGACGGUGAACUUUUGCAGACCAUUGGAGAGCUGGACCAGGAACUAGAAGAUUGGAAGGACAGGAUGCCUAUCGAAUAUCGACCCGAGCAUGAGAUUCAGGCGUCACAUACGCCUCUCAUACUGCACGUUGUCAUGCUCCAUUUCACCUACUACAACUGCCUCACAACGAUACACCGGAUGUCGAUACACCGUGGUUAUUGGACGAGUCGUCUGUCGAACUACGCUAUACAGGGGCUCAAUGCCAAACCCCUGAACCCAAGGGUCUUCAACUCGGCUGCCCUAUGCACCUCGGCAGCGAGAGCAUCCAUUUCACUGCUUAAAUAUGUCCCCCAAGGAGAUUCAUCUGUAGUCUGGAUGGUACUGUACUUCCCUGUGACUGCGCUCGUCACACUCUUCGGAAACAUUUUGCAAAAUCCCCUUGAUCCCCGAGCGAGGUCAGAUACACGGCUGUUGAACAUGGUUGUUACCUUCCUGUCCGCACUAGGGCAGGAGAUCGAGACGGGUGGAGUGCACCGCACUAUCGGUAUUUGUUCCGAGUUUGAGCGAAUCAGCAAAGUCAUGAUCGAAAAGGCCGAGAAAGAGAACGCCGGGCGCAGGAAGCGCAAGAACGCCGAAUCCUCACAGGCCAACAAGCCCACAACCAACACCAACGCGAAUCCAAUCCGGCGGGCAUCAACUUCGAAUCACGGGUCUUCUUCAUCGGCACAAACACCCAGGCCGCCAACGGCUAGCGCGAAUACGCCCACGCCGCGGCAAUCGCACAACGAGACCUUGUCACCGCCAGCACGUACUGAUGGGCAGGCCUUCAGCCCCAUGACAGCGUCGAGCCACAGCCCCUCGCCGGGCCACCCACCACCUGGAUGGACGCCAGACUUUUCUGGGGGCGAUCCCAUGGAAUUCACAUCCUUUGCUGAGCUGACUGGAUUUGGGCAGCUUCACAACGGCCCCCCGCCACCGCUGCAGUCGCCACCAGCUCAAGGGGCUGGGUUCCAGCAACCACUGAUACCGCAAGACCUGUACGCGCUGCCCAUGAGUUUCGACUGGGACUGGGCGGAAAUGAGUGGAGGCGCGUAUCCGAGUGUGGAAAAUGAUAACAAGUCGUGGGGUAUGAUUCCCUACCUCCUCCCUCGCCCUCGUUUCUACUCGACCGGCCCGCCACCACCCGAGAAGCCCAAGGACGAGGCCAAGGACGAGCACAAAAAUGCCGAGGAGACCACGCCUGGGGAACCGAAGGAGCCUCCAAAGCUCCCCGACGGCUGGGUAUGGCUGAACGAGGAAGACUUGGUGAUGCUCAAAAAGAUGGGCGAUAUGGUGCCUGCAAGACAUAGGCAGACAUUCGCAGACGUGGAGAACGAGGUCAAGUCAAACGGAGCGCCCCAGGAGCUCAAGGAUCUGUUGGAAAAGGGGCGAACAACCGGGCUCACCCUCGCAGACUCUAUGAAGGUCAUCAAAAUAGCCCACAAGCUAGCGACAAGGAUGGCCAGGGGUCCCGAUGGCCUCGACGACAGCGACUCCCCAUUCUUCAACCACAACGAAGGCCCGCGCAACGAGCACAACAACCAGAACCAAAAUGAGCAGCGGAGUCAGGGCCAGAAGCAGAACCCGAGGAACGACAAGAGCCAGCCCAAAGCAUUCGACGGUGGCGAUAUACUGGCUUGGGUCGUGACAGCCGCGCUUUUCUACCCCGUCUGGAGCAUGAUAUUCCCCAGCGAAUCCCGAGACAUAAGCUGGCAGGAGCUUCGCAAGAACUAUCUGGACAAGGGUCUUGUCGAGAGGCUCGUGGUCUACAACAGCAGCAGGGUGAGGGUGGAUCUGAACCAGGAGGCCACCAGGUCCAUGUACCCCGACAGUGUCGCAGCGAACCCCGGCUUCCACUUCUACGUGUCCAUUGGCUCUGUCGAGACCUUUGAGAGGCAUCUUGACGAGGCCCAAAAGGAACUCGGCAUUCCCGCCACCGAGAGUCCUGGCGGCGGCGGCGGCGCUGGAGGCGGCAUGUUUGGCUUCGGCAAGAGCAAGGCCAAGAUGUAUAACCACGAGAGCGCCGUCAAGGUCAAAUUCGCCGACAUCGCCGGCAUGGACGAGGCCAAGGUCGAGAUUAUGGAAUUCGUCUCUUUCCUGAAGAAGCCGGAGCGGUUCCAGAGGCUAGGCGCAAAGAUCCCUCGCGGUGCCAUCUUGUCUGGCCCCCCUGGAACUGGUAAGACACUGCUCGCAAAGGCCACCGCUGGUGAAUCAGGGGUGCCGUUCUUCAGCGUCAGUGGAUCCGAGUUCGUGGAAAUGUUUGUCGGUGUCGGUGCCUCGAGAGUGCGGGAUCUGUUCGCGCAAGCACGCAAGAACGCCCCUUGCAUUGUUUUCAUUGAUGAGAUUGAUGCCAUUGGUCGAUCUCGAGCUGACGGGAACCGCAACUUCGGUGGAAACGAAGAGCGCGAGGCAACCCUGAACCAGAUUCUGACGGAAAUGGAUGGCUUCAACACGCAGGAGCAGGUCGUGGUUCUUGCGGGAACAAACAGGCCGGACGUUCUUGACAAGGCCCUGAUGAGACCUGGUCGUUUCGACAGACAGAUCUACAUCGACAGGCCGACGAUGAAGGGACGUGCGGAUAUCUUCAAGGUGCAUCUUGCCAAUGUCGUCACCAAGGAGGAAAUGGAGCAUCUUUCCGGAAGGCUCGCUGCUCUGACACCAGGCUUCUCUGGCGCUGACAUCGCCAAUGCCGUCAACGAAGCCGCCCUCGUCGCAAACGCUGAGAGCAUUGAGAUGAUCCAUUUUGAGCAGGCCAUUGAGCGUACCAUCGGAGGUCUGGAGCGGAAGUCACUUGUCCUCGGCCCUGAGGAGAAGAAGACCGUGGCAUAUCAUGAAGCUGGACACGCCAUCUGUGGCUGGUUCUUCGAAUACGCCGACCCCCUGCUCAAGGUGUCCAUCAUUCCCCGCGGUCAGGGCGCUCUGGGCUAUGCGCAAUACCUUCCCAGUGGAGAUGCCUACCUGAUGAACACGAAACAAUUAAUGGAUCGCAUGGCCAUGACACUGGGCGGUCGCAUCUCGGAGGAGCUCAACUUCACAACCGUCACAACCGGAGCAAGCGACGACUUUAAGAAGGUGACGGCGAUGGCCACCAACAUGGUGACUCGCUGGGGCAUGUCGGACAAGCUGGGCCCCAUCCACUUCGACCAGGACCAGAACCAGUUCAACAAGCCGUUCGCGGAGAACACGGCGCAGCAGAUCGACGCCGAGGUCAAGCGCAUCGUGGACGCCGCGUACAAGCAGUGCAAGGACCUGCUGACGGAGAAGCAAAAGGAGGUCGGCAUCGUGGCGGAGGAGCUACUGAAGCGGGAGAUGCUCACCCGGGACGACAUGGUGAGGCUUCUUGGCCCGCGGCCUUUCAAGGACAAGGAGGAAUUCACCAAGUACUUCGACGGGACUAAGAGCGCUCCGCCGCCGCCUCCAUCCGAGGGUGGGACCGAGACCCUGGACGACCCGCCAGCCCCGUCACCCGCUUUCCAGCGGUGGCAAUAA